AGACUGUGCGGGCACUUACUGAAGCAUUCAGCGUGUUGUUAAAGUAGGAAGCUGGGGCUUGUUUUGAGAGCAAUAAAAUGUCUAAACCUUAAAAAGUACUCAUUAAAUAUUUAUAUGAAUCACGUGUUUUUUUACGCUACAAUAUCACGUCAUUGGUUUAUGUUUUUAGAGUGCUCUUGCCAGUUGGUUAAAGUACCUUUGGAAUAAGCCUUAAUAAAAUAAAACAUACUAUUUAUGAACUCGGGAUUUCGGGAGUCUACCGACAGCACUGCUGAGAUACGGUCUAACUUGGACUGUGUCUAAGUAAAACAUUAGGUAUUGCUGUAGUAAUGUGAAGAAAUGUAUUUAACUCAGCAGUUAGAGCUGUUUCCAGAAUGUGUCGUGACACAGGUGUUGUUUAAAGAUGUUAGAAAUGCUGCAGAACUAAGAAAAAAAGCGAUGGAAGGUGAUAUUGAUGGCGCGUUAAUAAACCCGAGAAUGGUAAUCGACCCUUUCCAAGUACUAGUAGCUACCAACAAGGCUGUUCACUUGCAAAAGACUGGCAAAAUGAAGACCAGAACACUUUAUUCUGAAAUUAUAUUUAAUAUUUCACCUACAAAUAAUAUUUCUGAUGCUUUUAAAAAAUUUGGCAUUUCUGAGAAUGACACCGCAGUUCUGAUUGUACUGGUGCAUGAAAAAGAUGGGAGAAACACCCUCGAGGAAACUGUGUCAAAGGUGGAAGGCCAGCAGAUACCCCUUGAUGAAAUCCCAUCCUUGAGUGACGUCAAUAAAAUUAAAAAGAUAUACAAACUCACCUCUCAGGAGGAAAAGAUUGGAACACUGCUGGAUGCUGUUGUUUGCAGGAUGGCUGUAAAAGAUGUUGUGUAACAGACCACCCUGGAUUGUGAGAACUGCCAAGCACAAUUUCCUGUAUGGGAUUUAAAGCAAGACUGGAGCUGUUUAUUCAUUAAAAAAACCUGAAGUGUACAGUAUAUAAACCUUGUAAUACUGUUCUCUGUUCCCGAUACCUUUCUAGAAAUGGAGAGGGUUUACACACGGGAGUGAGUAAUUCAAAAUAAAUAAUACAAUUUGUUUUACUAAGA